CAAAAUGCUUACUUUAGAGGAACCCUCAUCUCUAAAUACUAUAUUCCUAUUAGAAUUUUUCAAACACCAUACUGUUACAUCCCCACCACCACUUUCUUAUUUGUGUAUAUGUAGUGUUGGGAUAUAAGUUUAUUUCACUUUUUUUUUUGUCUGAAUCUUGCUUUGUUUUGUUCUUACUUCUUACAGUUGAGCUUUUCUUGCGAUCAGGGUUUUUGAGGAAAUGGACUUAAGGCGAAGUUGGGGCAAUGAAUCUGGACAUAGGGUUUCUCUCAGUAUUGCUUCAGCUUUAGUUUCAGCAGUUCUUGAAUGGAUGCUUAUGUUUAUGCUCUUUGUUGAUGCUAGUUUUGCCUAUUUUGUUACAAGAUUCGCCCGCCAUUACCAACUUCGAGCACCAUGUUUGUUGUGCUCGAGAUUGGAUCAUGUUUUGGGAGAUGAGAGAGAUAGUUUUUACUGGGAUUUGAUUUGCAAUGAGCACAAGUCGAAGCUCGCUUCCUUGGCUCUUUGUCAACUUCAAAACCCCCGCGUUGGUAGUGAGAGAUCGUCGUCUCAGUUAGACCAAAUGCCUCAUGUAGGAUAUUCUCAGAUCAGGGAUAACUCCGAUUCUGAGUCAGAAUCUCCAUUUUCAGACACUCAAAGUCAUGAAAUGGAAACUCCGGUGGCUAAGUUCGUCUUUGCAGAACUUAGCCAUCAUAAUGUAGGAUCUGAGGCGCCUAUCGGGCUUGGUGGAGAUAGUAAAGACGUUGCAGGGCCUUCUGAUCUGAUAGAUUUUUCGUGUGUUGAUCCUUCUCCAAAUCCGGAUGGGGCUCGCCCCGUUGAUCCAAAGCAGACUAAUGUUGAUGUUGAAUGUGGAGAAACUUCAAAUCAAGGAGUUGACUCCACAGGCACAGAUGAGUUAUGGAAAGAGGUUAAGACAGAUCAAGAAAGCAACUUGAUUCCACCAGUUGAAAUUCAGAUGGAUUUAAAAUCUAAUAAAACUGGCUCUUUGGAUCUUGGUGAUGCUUAUAGAUUAGCAGUCGGCGCGAGAGGUAGACAGUUGUCGGGAAGAUUAGAACAGCAACGGUCUAUAACAGAUAGAGUUAGUGAGGAUCUGAAGCUCUUGCUGUCACAUAUAUCUGCUGCUCGAGGGCUUGACUUGUCCUCGAAUGAUAUUAGCCCUAAGGUAUCUGCAAACGGCGAAGAUUUUAGAGCUGUGGAUGCCAUAGGAGCUCAAAUUUUUCAAAGAAAGAUUUCACUUGAAAGAAAUGAGUCUAAUUUAUCUCUAGAUGGGAGCAUUGUGGGUGAAAUCGAAGAUGAAAGUGAUGCAGAUCGAUUGAAGAGACAGGUUGAGCAUGAUAAGAAGAUAUUGGCCACUUUGUACAAAGAAUUGGAGGAAGAGAGGAAUGCUUCUGCAGUUGCGGCUAAUCAAGCAAUGGCGAUGAUCACGAGAUUGCAAGAAGAGAAAGCAGCCUUCCAUAUGGAGGCGCUGCAGUGUGUGAGAAUGUUGGAAGAGCAAGCUGAGUAUGAUGGCGAAGCGCUGCAGAAAGCUAAUGUGCUUCUUGCAGAGAACGAGAAACAGAUUCAACGUCAUCAGCUUGAGCUUCAAUCUUACAGAAAUCGAUUUGGGGAUGUGCCUUCGUCUGGAUAUGAAUCAGACGAGUUGAAGGAGCCGAUAUACAUGAGUUCAGAUAUCAAGACAAUUGAUGGAACGCCAAAGAUCUCGUUGCGUCAGUUUGAAGAUGAAAAACAAUAUAUUUUAGAAUGUCUGAAGACAGUGGAGGAGAAACUCUUUGCAUUCACCAAACAUGAAGUCUACUCUGACACGAACAAUCGAGGCUUUUCAACAGAGGAAUCACUUGAUGUGAGUGCUUCUCACUCUCAACGUGAAAACGAAGAAUAUGGCAGUAAAGAUGUCGAGUUAGCAGCACUAAGACACGAGCUGUCUGUUAUAAACAACAGAUUACAAGCACUCGAGGCAGAGCAAAAUGUUAUUGAGUGCUCAAUCAGUGCACUCGAUAAGGGAAGUGAAGGAUUUGUAUUUAUUCGAGAAAUAGCAACCCGUCUGCAUGACUUGCACUCUGCUCAUGCUAUCAAAAGGAUGCAAGACUCAACGUGAUUCAUGCCUCGGUGCAUCUAAGGCAUCUUGUACAUCAAAAGGAACAAUUUACGCGUUAUUGUGUCGUCUAAGUUUUCCCGAUAACAUGUUUUCUCAGAUGCAAAACGACGGAAGCUUAAGCCUUGAGACGCAGUCGAGAAGCAUGCUGCAACAAAGCUGUAUAUGGAAAUGUUAUGUAUAGUGUCAUCACUUCUUUUCCCUUCUUCCAUCUUAUGUAUAGGAUCUGUAUUUUAUUACAAAGAUUCUUAUGAGGAAUUCUUGAUUUGCA